UUUGAAUAUUGCAAUUAUAUAUGCGAAGACAAAGCCACAAAACUGGUCUGAGUUUGGUGGUUUCCUGGAAAGAAAGAUUAGUUUGUUUGAUUGAUUUGAGUCCUCUUGUUUUGAUCAUUAAAUAUAUAUCAGCAUUAUUUGCUUGCUGUGGUGAUGAUUAUUGGAUUGGCUUUCUGGUUUCAUUCAGAUAAAUCAACAAACAUCUGUUGGCCUUUCGUGCAGUUGAAGUUGUCCUUCUCUGACUAGGAAUAUUGUUGUCUUCUUCCUUAAGACCCAUUGCCCCAUCAAUCACUUUUGAUCUUUUCUGAACUGGGUGAUCUAUACUUAAUCGAUCUGGUUGGGUUUCCAUAUGAUUUGCUUUUCUUAUCGCCACUCUUGAGAUAUUGGGAUUAUAUCUUUUUCCCUUAGAUUUUGUUCAACUCCUGUAAUUAUCACAAGUUCAUUGGAGUUUUGAUUGGUCUUUGUCUGAAUUUUUACAUUUUUGUGGGUUUUGGUUUCUGGGUCAAGUACAUCUUUGUUGCUCAUCUACAAGCCUGAAAGAAUGAAAGGAAAAGUUUGGACACCAGGGACUUACUUCCUGUUGAACACAGGUGCCAAAAUUCCAGCUAUAGGGCUUGGAACUUGGCAGAGUGGUGGUGAUCUCUGUGUUGAUGCUAUAAAAACGGCAUUGUUGGUUGGUUACCGUCAGAUUGAUUGUGCGCAUCUUUAUGGAAAUGAGGCUGAAGUUGGAGAAGCACUAUCUGAAGCAUUUAAAGGUUCAUUGAAGAGAGAGGAUAUUUUUUUGACUUCUAAGCUGUAUUGCACUAUGAAUUCACUCAAUAAAAUUGAGAAUUCCGUUAGAAUGUCUCUUAAGAAUCUUGGAGUGUCAUACUUGGAUCUUUAUUUGAUGCAUUGGCAUGAGAGCUCGGCAUUUGGGGAUGCCACUGAUCCUCCUACACAUUUGGGGAGUGAGUACAGGCAAUUUUUGAACCGGCUGAAAACUACAUGGAAGGCAAUGGAAGGUUUGGUUGAGUUGGGUCUUGUUCGAGCUAUUGGAGUUAGCAAUUUCAGCAUACAGCAGAUAAAAGAGUUGCUCAGAUUCGCCAGAAUUGUACCAGCAGUCAAUCAGGUGGAGUUGCAUCCUUUCUGGAGGCAAGAUGAACUUGUAAAAUUUUGUCAGUCAAAAGGUAUACAUGUAUCUGCUCAUACACCUUUAGGAGUACCAACUUCCAGUCCUGGACCGUCUGAUGGUGGGUCAGGUGGGGAAGAUGAACCUGGAACUCCUCGCAUUUCAUUUAGGAGGUCAAGAUCAGUGCAUGGGCCAAUGUUGAAAUUGUCGGUUGUUGCAGAAAUAGCAGAUAGGCAUAAAAAGACUCCUGAACAGGUACUUGAUAUUUAA